CAGUGGGAGCGGAGGCAGUCGAAGAGGAAAUUCGCAAACCGUUGGAGUCUCUCCCAUAGUUUGUGCUUGGAUACAGUCAUUGCAGAGCAUUUAUUUUAAAUAAAGCAGGGGCUAAUAUGGCGACGUUGGGACCAGACCCUCGUCCCCAUUCCCAGCUCGCUUCUGCCUCGAUACAAAGUAACAUCAGUGGCAAUAACCUGCCUCCCAACCGCGGCUUGGAAAGAGCGUUGGAAGAAGGAGCGAACUCCGGGUUUUUGAACCUCAGCGCCAGGAAACUCAAAGAAUACCCCAGGACAGCAUCUAACUACGACUUAUCAGAUACGGUGGAGGCAGACCUGUCGAGGAAUCGUUUGGCGGAGGUCCCCUUAGAGGUGUGUCACCUGGUUGCCUUGGAAAUGCUGAACCUCUAUCACAACUGUAUCAAGACCAUUCCUGACACCAUCAUCAACCUACAGUCACUCACCUCCUUAAACCUCAGUCGGAACCAGCUGUGUGCUCUGCCAGCCUCCCUAUGUGGGUUACCCCUACGAGUCCUCAUUGCCAGCAACAACAAACUGGUGUGUAUACCUGAGGCCAUCGGACAGCUCAGGAGCCUCAUGGAGCUGGAUGUGAGCUGUAAUGAGAUCACUGCUCUGCCCCGUCACAUCGGCCGACUCAAGGCCCUCCGAGAACUCAACGUCCGCAGAAACCUGCUCUGUGUCCUACCUGAAGACUUGGCGGAGCUUCCCCUGGUGAAGUUUGAUUUCUCCUGUAACAAGGUGUCCACCAUCCCAGUGUGCUACAGGAAAAUGUCCCAGCUCCAGUCACUACAGCUGGAGAACAACCCCCUACAGAGCCCACCUGCACAGAUCUGCAUAAAGGGACAAGUUCACGUAUUUAAGUACCUGAGCAUCGAGGCGUGUCGGAGUGACAAGAUGCCUGACUCUCUCUACCUGCCUGUCAUGGAGCGCCUCAGCCUAUCACGCCCCACCACUGGCAGCACGGAGGACAUUGACCAGAAUAAGAAACAGGACACUGACUCAGGAGUUGGCAGUGACAACGGGGACAAGAGACUGUCUGCCACCGAGCCCUCAGACGAGGACAGCUUGAGUCUCAAUGUCCCUAUGUCCCACAUCACAGAGGAGGAGGGGCUAAGCAAAGACGACUCCAGCGAACACAUCAGCGCUCUCACAGCGGACCCCCAUGGGGACGGGGUGCAACUGAUAGAGGAGAGCCCCACUGAGGCCCUGAAGGAACAGUUUGGCUACAGAGACUCUUCUGCUCUCAGCAACUGCUUUGUCAGCUACAUCAAGGGACGGGCGGCAGACUACGACGAGCCCCUCAGGAUAGAAGAAGAAACACACUGGGCCUCUGAACAGACGUCAAAGGUCACAGAAGGAACACACAUUGCCAUGAUCAACCAGCUGAAGGAGGCUGUGGAGCUACUACAAGACCCUAACAGAGUGAAUAUGGAAACAGAGGACCUGUCUGGAAUUCAGCUCUACCCUGUUGAGAUGGUCAUGUUGGAGGACACUCUCAAUGGCCAAGGCAGUGAAGGACAAACCACACCCAAGUGGGACACUCCCGAAGGAUGCUUUGAGUUCCAGAAGAAACGAGAGUUGAUUCUAGAGAGGGCCAGGCUGGAGGCCCAGCUUGCAUGCCAACAAUAUGAGACACAUAUGUCCAACCAGGGAGAAGACAGAGUUCCAGGCAGCGGUCCCACGUUUACCACCCCUGCCUUUGGGCUGAAGCCCCGUUCUGCCCCCGCCUCACUGCCCUGCUCGCCCCCGCUCUGUCUCCGCCCCCUCCUCACACAGGCCCUGUCCAUCGAUAGAGACACUCCCCCUAGACCAGGCGAUGGAGGCAUGCACAGCAGUGUAUUCCUGAGGACCCAUAAGAGCCUGGAGUCUGUUGACCCUCAGUUCACCAUGAGGAGGAAGAUGGAGCAGCUGAGAGAAGAGCUGGAACUGAUGGAACAACUCAGAGACAGCAUAGAGAGCAGACUGAAGGUGGCUCUUCCUGAAGACCUAGGCUCCUCCCUCAUGGACGGGGUGGUGCUAUGCCAUCUGGCCAAUCACAUUCGCCCACGCUCCGUGGUCAGCAUCCAUGUGCCCUCGCCUGCUGUGCCCAAACUCAGCAUGGCCAAGUGUCGGCGGAACGUAGAGAACUUCCUGGAUGCCUGUAGGAAAAUGGGCGUUCCUGAGUCUUCCCUCUGCUCAGCUUAUGACAUCAUCCAGUGUCACCUGCGGCCGAUCCGGGUCACCGUGUGCGCCCUGGUCGCCAUGGAGACCCCCACAGAGGGGCGGGACUCAGACAGACAGGGAGAGGUCCCAAACCCAACCCCUGCCCCCGAGGCUUCUACACAGGUGGCCCAGGCUCCGCCUCCAGCAUGGCAGCCGUGGGACCUGAUUUGCUCGAGCCUGUUACACAUGUUCUGUCUUCUCCUGCUGUUUGUGGCCUAUAGCUGGAGUGAGCUGACGUAACACUACCUGUCAAUCUCCUGUCAAAGCCCGCCCUCCUCUCAGCCCUGCCCUCCGCAUGUGCCAACACUUCUCCUCCCCAAUCCUCCUCUUUUUCUUCAACCUCUUGUUUCUGUGCUCUUCUCCUCUGUCUGAUUCACACACACAAGUGUCUCUCAUACAUAAUUGCAUUCAUGCACAGAUUGCAGAUGCGCACCAUUAAACUCCAAUAAAUACCGACUCACAACCUCACACACAUGCAUUCGUAUACUGUCCCCACCAAUAACGCACAUUCCAACUGUUGAAAGGAAUCCUGGAGCUUGUACACAAAAGUUACCUGAAGUCUCUCUGCAACUCUUUGGCCAAUGCGUCAAGUCAGACUGUUCGUUUUAUUAAUGCCCUCCGGGGUCACAGACACGUGGUAUGGGGGUCAUACACACUGAUUCCCCAUGUGGUCAUACGGUCUCUUGGUUCCAUACAGCUUGUCUAGUUUGGGUCCAGUCCAGGUAAGCACAGAGCACUAGUAGAGCUCCUCCAUCAUGCUGGAUCUUGGAGCUUUUUUGUUGCAUUGGUCAGUCUCUUCAAGACUCCUCAGAUACAUUAUAUCAACUGUAUUUACACCUGUACGUCUGUUUGAAGGAAAUGGCAACGCUCAGUAGUAAUGCCAUCCAUGAGACAACGACACAACAGACAGUGUAUAGGUUUGGACCUAAUAAACACACCACUUAUGACUAGACUGUAAAAUGUCACACGGCACACUGUCACUAAAUAAGGUUCAAUAAUCACAUCACUACUGCACCUCUCUACCACUCUACGUUACUCUCGUUCUAAUAUAGUGUAUUUACCCUGGGGUAGUUACAUGACUACGGUUCAGUAUGUAUACUUUUUGGCCCAACUGUUGUACUAUUCUGUCAGGCCAUAUAUUACGUUUCUUAUUUUAAAACCCCAAGAGGGUACAUUGGAUGGAAGUUUGGAAGUUUUAUUUUACCCAACUUUCUUACUCCCAAGCACCUGGACUGAAUACAAGGUGUGAAAAGAUCCAUCAUUUCUAAACAUACAAACCAUUUGCACAUGCAAUAUUACAGAACGGACUAAUGUGGAGGUCUUAUGUUGAAGGGCUAGUGAAUAUGAGAUGUGUUCAGUAAUAUGUGAACUGUACUAGAAGCUCAUUCCUUUAAAUGAGAACUUUGAGGCCAGCAGUGCUGCUACUGUCCAUUGACUGAUGUAUGUAUGUAUGUAUGUAUGUCUGUAGUUGAAUUUAAAGCAAUGAGGGUUAACCUUCUUUUCUGACUUAAUUUAAAAGCCAUGGAUGUAGUGUCCACAAUUUCCCCCAAACUGUCCAUCCGUUUCUAUCCAUAUUUUCCUUUUAACUCUGUUAGCUUAUUCACUGUCAUGUCAACCUUGCCAGCGACUAUAUUGGAGUGCAAUUGGUUCGCCAUUACUGUAUACUAUUAGUUGGCUGUGUUUUAACUCAUAGUCAGUGCUGAUUUUGAUGGACCUUGAGGCUUUUUCUGACUUGUAUAUCUGAUGGUGUGAAUGGAACUGGUAAUAAAUGUACAGUUUGGGGUUAUUCUA